CGCGGCUCCCGGCGCGGCGGCGGCUCAAGAGCAGCGGGGCAGGGCCGGGCCGGGCCGGGGGGAGCGGACGGACGGACGGCAGGAAGGACGGACAGGAGGACGGGCCGGGGUCGCGGUGUGUUGUGAGCGUGAAGCUGAUCUGACAGACCACUGCAGCCAUCUUCUCCAGGCUGAUACUUCAGCUUUUGGGCAUCAAGGACCUAGGAAACAAUCCUGCAGGUUUAAGCUAUCUAGAAGAUGAAGCCCUGUCUGCAGUUGGUGUUCUUUAUCUUCUUGAUCUGCCAUGCAGAAGCAGAGUUCUUCACUUCAAUAGGUCAAAUGACAGAUCUCAUUUAUGCAGAGAAAGACUUGGUGCAGUCUUUAAAAGAAUACAUCCGAGCAGAAGAGGUCAAGCUGUCUCAGAUUAAAAGCUGGGCUGAAAAAAUGGAUGUACUGACUAGCAAAUCAACCUCUGAUCCAGAAGGGUAUCUGGCACACCCUGUAAAUGCAUACAAGUUGGUGAAGCGUUUAAAUACGGAUUGGCUGGAAUUAGAAAACCUGGUUCUUCAGGAUACAACAAACGGCUUUAUUGCGAAUCUCACAAUUCAACGUCAGUUUUUUCCAACUGAAGAAGACGAGACUGGAGCCGCAAAGGCUCUGAUGCGCCUGCAGGACACCUACAAGCUGGAUCCUGAAACGCUGUCUCGAGGAAACUUACCAGGAACAAAAUAUAGGUCAUCUUUGACAGUGAGUGACUGCUUUGGUAUGGGCAAGACUGCUUACAACGAUGGAGACUACUAUCACACAGUGCUCUGGAUGGAACAAGCCUUAAAACAGCAUGAUGAGGGGGAGGACACAACAGUCAGUAAAGUGGAGAUCCUAGAUUAUCUCAGCUAUGCUGUUUUCCAGUUUGGGGACUUACACAGAGCCAUGGAGCUCACAAGGCGCCUGAUAUCCCUCGACAGCACUCAUGAGAGAGCUGGCAGUAAUCUGCGAUAUUUUGAGAAGCUGCUGGAGAAGGAGAGAGAAGAGAAGUCAAGAGAGAACUCAUUAAACAAGACAAUGGCAACAACAGAACCAGUGGUGCAAAGUGGCGCAUACGAGAGGCCUCUUGACUACUUGCCAGAGCGUGAUAUCUACGAGGCCCUUUGCAGAGGCGAAGGGGUAAAAAUGACACCUCGAAGACAGAAAAGGCUAUUCUGUAGGUACCAUAAUGGAAACAGAAACCCUCAUCUGCUCAUAGCUCCCUUUAAGGAAGAAGAUGAAUGGGAUAGCCCUCAUAUUGUACGAUAUUAUGAUGUCAUGUCUGAUGAAGAAAUUGAGAAAAUUAAACAGCUGGCUAAGCCAAGGCUGGCACGAGCCACAGUACGUGAUCCCAAAACCGGUGUCCUUACAGUGGCUAGCUACAGGGUAUCAAAAAGCUCAUGGCUGGAGGAAGAUGAUGAUCCUGUUGUGGGUAAGGUGAAUCAACGAAUGCAGCAGAUCACAGGGUUAACAGUGAAAACAGCUGAACUGUUGCAGGUUGCUAAUUAUGGAAUGGGAGGGCAGUAUGAACCACACUUUGAUUUUUCUAGGCGACCCUUUGACAGCACACUCAAAUCGGAAGGAAAUAGGCUAGCGACGUUUCUUAACUAUAAAGAUGAGCCAGAUGCUUUCAAGCGGUUAGGGACUGGAAAUCGUGUGGCCACUUUUUUAAACUAUAUGAGUGAUGUAGAAGCUGGAGGAGCUACAGUUUUCCCGGACUUCGGGGCAGCGAUAUGGCCCAAGAAGGGAACAGCAGUGUUUUGGUACAAUCUUUUCAGAAGUGGCGAGGGUGAUUAUAGAACAAGGCAUGCAGCUUGCCCAGUCCUAGUAGGGUGUAAAUGGGUUUCAAAUAAAUGGUUUCACGAAAGAGGAAAUGAAUUUUUAAGACCUUGUGGGAGAACAGAGGUUGACUGAAAUCCGACCUGCUGCAGGCCUUUGUUUCUUCAUCUCCUUUUCUACUGUUUGUUCUUCCAGUUCAUUUCUAAGAAAUGAUCCAUCUUUUUUCCCAAGAUUCCUGGCACUUUACCCAAAGAGGAUAAAAUAUGUAACACUUGUGAGUGAAAGUAAAUGGCUUUGUACACAUA